GGUGUGUAAAAUUAGGAAUGUGAAAGUAAACGGAAUUUAAAGCAACUACACUAGACAGAAUGCAGUGCGGAAGAGGUAGUUAGGUCAUGACGUAACUUCCACCGUGGAGACGUGGCCUAAAAAAACGAAAAGAUGGAGCUGGAGGCUAUGACUAGAUACACAAGCCCAGUCAAUCCUGCUGUCUUUCCACACUUGACAGUGGUUCUUCUUGCAAUUGGCAUGUUCUUUACAGCAUGGUUUUUUGUAUAUGAGGUAACAUCUACCAAAUACACACGGGAUAUCUACAAAGAACUGCUGAUUUCCCUAGUGGCUUCUCUUUUUAUGGGAUUUGGAGUACUUUUCCUUCUCCUAUGGGUCGGGAUCUAUGUUUGAGGACAGCUGUAAGUGUGCAAGGAAGAAAUAUGAGGGACCAUUCCAGCAGGAGGUGCUGUUUCCACACUGACUUCACUGUAACCCCUAUGUAACCAGCUAUUAAAGAACGGGAGCUCUUCAAGAGCCAUUGAGUAGCACCUGGACUUUGUACAGAAUAUGUUCUUAUAAAACCAAAGGAUAAAAGCUU